UAGAUUGAAAAGUUAAAGUAUCUUCAUAGCCACCAAUUGAAAUUGCAACACCACAACUGUUGGAAUGUAAAACGGCAUUUUAAUAUCAUGAUGAACCAGGAGAAGUGGGCUAAUCUGAGUCCUUCGGAGUUUUCUCAGCUUCAAAAAUAUGCAGAAUAUUCAACAAAGAAAAUUAAGGAUGUUUUAGAAGAAUUCCAUGGCAAUGGUGUGCUAGCAAAAUAUAAUCCUGAAGGGAAGCAAGAUAUUCUUAAUCAAACAAUUGAUUUAGAAGGUUUCAAGUUAUUUAUGAAGACCUUUCUUGAGGCUGACUUACCAGAUGAAUUUUGUGAACAUCUCUUUGUAUCUUUUGGGAACAAAGUUCCUCACAUCAGUCCAUUGGUAAAGACUAAAUCACCAUUUCUUCCAGGAGGCUUGCGAAUUGCUAAAAGCAUAACUACACAUCCUCAACAUCUUUCCACAAUUCAUAUACCAGAAGUAAUCCAGUUGAAAGAUAUUGUUUGCUAUCUUUCCCUUCUUGAAAGAGGGAGACCUGAAGACAAACUAGAAUUUAUGUUUCGCUUGUAUGACACAGAUGGAAAUGGCUACCUGGAUAAUUCGGAACUUGAAAACAUCAUUACUCAAAUGAUGCAUGUUGCAGAAUAUCUUGAAUGGGAUGUCACUGAACUCAGUCCAAUUCUUCAUGAGAUGAUGGAAGAAAUUGAUUAUGAUCAUGAUGGCACAGUUUCCUUGGAAGAAUGGAUUCAGGGGGGAAUGACUACGAUACCACUUUUAGUGUUGCUUGGAUUAGAGAAUAAUGUGAAGGAUGAUGGGCAGCAUGUAUGGAGACUAAAGCACUUCAACAAGCCUGCCUACUGUAAUCUCUGUUUGAAUAUGCUCAUAGGAUUAGGCAAACAGGGUCUCUCUUGUUCCUUUUGCAAGUACACUGUCCAUGAGCGAUGUGUCUCAAGAGCACCAGCAUCUUGUAUCAAAACAUACAUGAAAUCAAAAAAGAAUACUGAAGUUAUGCAUCACUUUUGGGUGGAAGGAAAUUGUCCAAAAAAAUGUGAUAAAUGUCAUAAAACUAUUAAAUGUUACCAAGGACUGACCGGGUUACAUUGUGUGUGGUGCCAAAUCACACUACAUAAUAAGUGUGCUUCACAUCUAAAGCCUGAAUGUGACUGUGGUAUUCUGAAGGACCACAUUCUACCGCCCACUUCAAUCUGUCCAGUAGUAUUGACUCUACCCCCUUUAGGAGUUUCACUUCCUGAGAUCACACCAGUUUCAGGUACUCAACCACUUCUAGUUUUUGUUAACCCUAAAAGUGGAGGAAAACAAGGAGAAAGAAUUUAUAGGAAAUUUCAGUAUCUUCUGAAUCCUCGUCAGGUUUACAGCCUUUCAGGAAAUGGACCAAUGCCAGGAUUAAAUUUUUUUCGAGAUGUUUCUGACUUUAGAGUAUUGGCAUGUGGUGGUGAUGGAACCGUAGGUUGGAUUUUAGACUGCAUAGAGAAAGCAAAUUUGAUUAAGCAUCCUCCUGUUGCUAUUCUCCCUCUUGGAACUGGGAAUGACUUAGCCAGAUGUCUGAGAUGGGGAGGAGGAUAUGAAGGGGAGAAUCUUCUCAAGAUUUUAAAAGAUAUUGAGAACAGUACCGAAAUCUUGCUGGACAGGUGGAAGUUUGAAGUCAUACCUAACGAUAAAGAUGAAAAAGGAGAUCCUGUGCCUUACAGCAUCAUUAAUAAUUACUUUUCAAUUGGAGUG